UGUAUAUAUAGAGAGAGAGAGAGACGAUGACUAUGGUUGCCUAAUUCUGCAUCGCGAGAAGAAUAAUUUCAAUAUUUAACAACAAGUAAUAACAUUUUAGGAAAUGAUCGCAUUAACAACAUUAAUUACAACAAUUUUUGGAUUUAGUAAAAUAUAUGUCGCCACAGAAGAAAAUAGUCCAGUGUAUUCGUCAUCGACUUUUAUUUGCGUGGACGGCACCGAAAUGCCAUUAGCGAACAUUUGCGAUGGUAUUCCCCAUUGUCCGGACUCGUCGGACGAAGUUGGAACACUGUGUCGUCACGUUGUUUGCCCUACAUAUAUGUAUAGAUGCAAUUACGGUGCCUGCGUAAGUCGUACGGCGCGAUGCAACGGUCUGACGGAUUGCGUGGAUGCCAGCGACGAAAUUUCUUGUGACCGAGAUGCCAAUGAGGCUUGUUCCGAUAAAGACUUCCAAUGUUCCACCGUUUAUCAAGAGUGCAUACCCUUUGCCGAGGUGUGCAAUGGCUAUAAAGAUUGUUCGGAUGGAAGCGACGAAAAUGCGACGAUCUGCCGCGAAAAUAUAUGUCCCGAGAAUACGUUUCGUUGCUCGUACGGAGGUUGCGUUCACCAGGAAGUGGUUUGUGAUGGUGUAAAGGACUGCAUCGACGGCACCGACGAAGGCUCAAAUACAUGCACAGCUGACUGUGAGGAUGAAGAAUGUUUACAGUAUAAAUGCCGAGAUGAAUUCGCGUGCGAGAAUGGACGACGGUGUUUACCGAUGGCUAAAACGUGCGAUGGUAUUCGACACUGCGCAGAUGCCUCUGAUGAAAAUGAAAAAUUGUGCAAAACACGUGAAUGUCCUGAAAAUUGGUUUCGUUGCGCUUACGGCGGUUGCAUUCGAUCGGAAUUGAAAUGCAAUUCUCGACUUAAUUGCCACGAUUGGAGUGACGAGAAUGAAUCUCUGUGCGGGGUAAUGUUGCCCGAAGGUGCCUGCCGAUUGCCUCCUGCAAAACCAGGAACGCAUUACAGCGUGAGUGGGUGCUCCAGAUGUCGGCCAGGCGAGAUUGUUCCUGAGCUCACGCGCCUUGAUUACACUUGCGAUGUCGAAGGCUCUUUGCAAGGUUCCGAUAAAAUUUAUUGUCAGAAUAAUCAGUGGUUUCCUAGUAUUCCGUAUUGUAUCUUUGAAAAUGAGACGAAAGCGAUAACAUGCCCGGCGCCGUCAGAAGCACAUGAUGCGAUUAGGCAAUGCGAGGCGAUGUGGGGCCCUCACAAAGGGUGGUUAUCUUGUGAUCAAGCCCUACCAGUUGGGACGCGAAUUUUCCUCGAAUGUCCAGCAUUUUACGAGCGUCAUAAGGGCUCGUCUAGUGUCAUGUGUCUUCAUGACGGCACAUGGAGCCAAUCUCUUCUGAGUUGUACUCCUGUCUGCGGGAUAAGGGACACUACAGAGGUAGCAUUGAUCGUAAAGGGAUGGAAUGUCGUUAAGGAAGAGACACUACCGUGGCAAGCCACUCUCUUCUCGCACGAGGAUGGUCAAUGGAGAUUCUUUUGCGGCGGUACGUUGAUAACGGAACGCGUUGUGUUGACUGCUGGCCAUUGCGUUUGGAAGACUUCGGCGGACACAAUACGCGUCGCUUUCGGGAUUCUGUCGAGUGAUUUAAAUCGAGUAGGGGAAAACGCACAAGUGAUCGACGUGAAAAGCAUCGAGCUGCAAAGCGCGUAUCAAGAUCACGAGAGUAACUAUGGCUCGGACAUCGCAUUGUUGAUUCUGAGGAAAGCUGUGACUGUCAACUCGGUUGUCGCACCAGCUUGCGUUCCUUGGCAUUCCGACGUGGUAUUAUUGGAAUCUCAAAGAAACGGUGGACUUGGAUUAGUUGGCGGAAUGGGACUGACGGAAAAUGACACAUUUAGUUCAGUCUUGAGGAUGACUACAAUGAAAAUUAUUUCCGACGAUGAGUGUCGCCAAAAUCAAAAAAGAGAUUUUCGAAAGUAUUUAACUUACACAUCUUUCUGCGCUGGAUGGGCAAACGGUACUGGAGUAUGUAAUGGAGACAGCGGCGGGGGUUUGGUGCUUCAGCGACCGAAUUCCAGUGCCUGGGAAGUUCACGGAGUCGUUCUGUGAGUCCCACGGAAAUUGGGUACCAAUAUGUGUGAUCCGAAUUUCUAUGCCAUUUUACAAAAGGUUUCUGUGUACACCAAAUGGAUAUAUCAAGUUAUUGAAAGCAUACCUAUAAUCGACCUACCUGAUUUUGAUCGACAACCAAAUAGGGAUAACAUUGUUGUUUAAACAAUAAAAAUUAAAUUGACUUUGAUUAUAAUAUAAAUUAAAAUAAAUAUGAACGU